CGAAUGUCAGAUUCUCUGCUGCCAUCCAAUGCAUCGUCUCCUAAUGGGAAUGAAUUGACUUCUCCUGUAUUGGCUUCAGACGAUGCAUCUGCUCGCUUGGCUGCUUUGAAGCAUCGGUUGAAUGCUGUUUCUUCCAAACAUGCAACUGCUUUGGCCAUCACUUCUCCACUCUCUCCUUCAGCUAUUCAUCCCGAUGCUUAUUACUCGGAAACCUGUAAUGCUGCUGUCAAUCCCUCAAAAACUGGCAAAGACUCGUUGGACUCAUCGACUCAAUCAGCAAACACUUUACAGCAACCAUCCUUGAUUACCAAUCCAAGACAAGACAGUCUUGGCUAUACUGCUGCAUUGACUUUUCAUUCUACUACAACUACUGAAUCUAUUCCUUCUAAUGCGUCUGGUAUGUCUCGUCUUCCUAGCUCAACUAAUAAUCCUACAAAGACUGAAAAGUCGCCAACGAGUGGUGGAUUCUUUUCUACUGGUCUUUUCUCUAAACUGCCUUCAGGCUUGUCCAUAUCUCCAUUGAGUACUGGAAAUGCUACUAGCACUCUCUCUUCUGCAACUCCCAGUACUGAUGCUUUGGCUAUUUCUCAGCAUCCAUUACCUGGCAAUGAUCCUCAAUGUCCAUGUGGAUAUAUUCUUGGCUCUGACCCUCGUCGCUGCAGCAAAUGUGGCGGUGGCAUCGGGUCGGUCAUUCGCAUAGUUGAUGAGAAAAUCAUUGCCGAAGCACAAGCUGAAGAUUAUCGUAAAAAACUCGAUACCGCCAACACUCGUCAAGAUGAAUCCACCAUUGAAAUGGGAAGACUGCGUGCAAAGUCGGAAAAGUUGGAAGAGAUGCUCGAGUAUAAGCAAUAUGAAUUGACUCAAAUCAAACGGGAUUUGGAAACUCUUGGAGAAAAGCUAAUUGAUGAGAUUGAAAAAAGAGCCGAAUUGCAACAUUCUAAAGAAACCGUGCAGGAUGAAUUAGAAGAACUCACAAAGUCGCUGUUUGAAGAAGCAAAUAGUAUGGUUGCAAAUGAAGCAAGACAGAGACACGAAGUGCAGGUACGGGAACAGUCCAUGGCUGCGGAAUUGGGCGAAACUAAAGUUAGGUUGCAGGUGGAACAAGCACAACUAAGGGAGCUUCGUAUUCGCAUGGCAGAAGUGCAAGCGGAGCAAGAAAGAUUGCGAAUAGCUACAGAAACACAUGUUCGCAUGAUGGCUAAUUCUGCUACAAAUUCUCACUUGCUACAAUCUGCUAAAUUGGACGACUCGACUACAAGUAGACUGGACGCUCCUGCUCUAUCUAGAGCUAAUCAACUGCCUGCAAAUUUGAGAGUACAAACAGAUUACGCCGGAAAUGCACAGGAUCAGCUCAUCAACCCAUUACUAUUUGGUCAUUUUGAAGAGUUUCUGCAACUGGCUACCAAGGCCAAGGCCAAUAAACUGCACACACUAACAUUUAUGCGUAAUGUACUAGAAGAUGAUGUGACACCGUGUCUUCGGUUUGGCGGAAAUCCUCGAACAUCCACAAAAAAGUUUAUUGAUGCAAUCAUUGCUCAUACUUGCUUUAUCGAGCAGAUGAAAAGUACACAAGUGGAUGAACUAAAAUCUAGAGACAAAAAACAGGCACAAAUUGCUGCAGAAAAGGUAAACUCUGCUGCCAAGUCUUCAGACUCCACUAAUACCAAGUCUGGAAAAAGUGGGUUACAAACGCAAACCCCAACUCAAGGUGUAUUCAACAAAACAGUACUUGAGCGACUAACCCAUGCAUUGUCCAAUGCCAACUUGGGCAGUAUGGGAUCCAGUGACAAUUCCGGGUCAGGCGGCGGCCCAUCUGGUUGCUCUACAUGCGGAAAGGAUGAAGAGUAUCGCUACCAUUUUCGCAUUUCUGAUGUGUCCGAGGAUACUUGGUUCCCAAUCUGCCUCAACUGUCGCGAUCGUUUGGUAGCUGUAUGCGACUUUUAUAACUUUGUGCGUGAUGUACGACAAGGACUUUACACCACUCGAGCCUCAAAAGACUUGUACAUGGAAGUGCUUGUACUCAAGAGUUCCAUGUUUUACGCUCGAAUCGGAGUAGCUCAAUGUGCCAACAGGCACGAAAUAUUUAAAAGCAUCAAAGCCGUACGACCCAACAGUGCUCUUGCCGUCAAUGUACAAUCAUUUCUCAGCGAUGCUCCAUCCUAUCCACCAUCAAUACCAGAGCGUGGUGUUGAAUCACUUGAAUUAAAUAGCACUUUGUCAGAAACCAUGCCACUUGGUAUUCUUCAGGAGCGACUUGAUCGCAUUUCUAAGCAAGAUACGAUUGCUGGACAGUCUUCAGCACCACUUGGUCGUUCGUCACCCGGUGCAGCAUCUCACACUCAGUCUUUGGUUGAAUCUACAGAUUCUGCUUCUGUCGCCAUUCCUGCUUCUGCCAUUCCCACGUCACCACGACCUUCUUUUCCACAGCGGUCAACAUCUGUAUCUUCCCCUGAAAUCCAAUAAUCACUUAUUGGUGCUUAUGUUUUUACAAAAUAAACAAGACAGCAGACACAUUCU